GCCGAAGCAGCUACCAACCGUAACCAGCUUCGCAAAUACGCCACAUCCGUCCUCAUGCAGCAGGAAGCAUCUCAUACCACCGCACGCCAAGAAUGGAACUUUGUUCCGACGGAGAGGCACCCGGAGUCGACUGCGAAGGAACAGACCAAGGCAGCACUCUUCCACCUCAUGCACCAGCUCCUCACUUGCAACUUCCAACAAGUGGAGUUGGCUCGACAGAUACGUAUCAUCUCAUAUUACGAGGAGACUCACAAGAGUUUCCACACCCGCCUUGAGGAAUCGGAGAAGGAUGACGUGCCGCACAGGCACAUGGCAUCCUCAAGCACCGAUCCAUCGGUCCGCGAACUGGGGGAACAAACGGAUCAUCUGGUAGCACUCAUCGAAAAUCUGAACAACUUCCAAUGGUCGGCGACCAUCGGUCAACGAAUGGCUGCAGUCCAGGCUGACCUGCGCCAGCUGCAGCAGCAACCAACCGGGACCUGCAACAGCAUGACGCCCAGACAAUACAAGAUGUCGAAGUUCAGCAUCGAGAAGUUCGAUGACUACAACACGGCGGACCCCAUGACUUGGUGGCAAGGGUUCACCAAUGAGCUUGCCAUUCACCUUGUUCCGCCGGAAUCAAAGGUCUCAGCACUUUACAUUUGCAGCACCGCUGCCAGCCAAGUGUGGCUCAAUCACCUGGCACAAACCGAAGGCGUCGAGGUCGCAGCCCUCUACACCAAGUUGACUUGGGAGGCCGUCACCGAGAAGUGGCGGAAGCGUUUCAUCGUCGACGACGCUCAAGGCAAAGGUGCAAACCGGAUCUUCACCAUGCACCAAGGCAGCCAGCCAACCCGCGAAUGGCUAACAGAGUGGCAGAAAAACGUGACGAUCUCGAAUCUCAAUAUACCAUUCGUGCAUCUGUGUCGCGAAUUCUUCCAGCGGUCGAUCGACGGGUUGAGCACGACCCUUGGGGAGCACAACUUGUACACGGACUUUGACCAGAUCGUGGACAAGGCGCGCGAGGUAAUCCAAUCAAAUCGGUGGGGACAAGAUGAUGACCAGGUGCUGACUCACGAGUCUAGUGAAGGAGACGGAGUCAACGCCCUUCCGCCACGACGCAACAAGAAGAAGAAGAAGGCGAAAUCCAUGUCAACAACGCAAAGACGACGUCCGCCCAUGACAAAGCUCGAGAAACUGAGCUCCGCGGGAAGUGAGGCGACUCCACUUCCUUCUCCGCCGGACAUGGUUACCUUGCUAGCAACCUCCUCCACGCCCCGGGAACAUGCGUAUGUCGCAAGUCUUCAAGAGAGUUACGAAGACUACGCUGUCCAGCUGGUCCCUCCGUUGGACCAACCUCUCCACGUGCAAGAGUCAUAUGCAUGCGCGACUUCAUCACCAUCGCCAACUGAACCACCAUCCUCGCCGACACUACUUGGGGACUCGUCGGUAUGGUCUAGACUUGAGAACCUCGACCGAUUGACGUCGGAGGACUUCCAAUGGAUGCCUCUUCCCCCAUUUGGUUACUUGUCGAAGCCGCAUUGCAACGCCUUGAUGGUGGAACUACGCAACUACUUGCACGUUGCAAUACCAACUCUGGUGAUGGAGUACGGAGCAGCGGUUGUUGAUGUUCGCGAGUACAUUGCGAAGAUCGACCGCGAGUACGCCAUGCAACGCCACUACCGUGUCGUCGACGGCUACUUGCUUCUUCACUCACAAGGCAAGGACUUACUAUGCGUCCCACACGACUGUCGCUUACGAACUUGCCUUCUCGACGAGUACCACGACUCACGACUCGCCGCCCACUUCGGAGUCAACUGUACGAUUGCAAGACUUCGACAACGAUUCCGGUGGUCUGACCUCAUUACCGACGUCACUCAGUAUUGCGACUCUUGCGAAGUUUGCCAACGAAGCAAACCCCUCAAUCGCAACCCCUAUGGCGAGUUACGCCCGUUGCCUAUCCCGCGGGAACCCGACCUCUCCAUGGCUAUGGACGUCACCGGCCCGUUCCCCCCCGACCGCUUCGGGCAUGACGGCAUUCUCACGGUCGCCGACCGUUUGAGCAAGUACGCGCGAUUUCUCCCCUCCAAGUACUACGCCACGGCUCCCGAGCUUGCACGACUCUUGCACACCGGUUGGAUUUGCGGCCACGACAUUCCGGAAUACAUCGUCAGCGACCACGACAUUUUGGACUUCCCUCAUGAAGGACUCCAGCACAGAGAUGAAACCGAGUUCGGCUCGGCAUCCACAAAGGGACGAGCAAGCGGAGGAGGCACAUCAAACCGCCCAAAUGAUGCUCCGUCACUCAUCCGUCUGCAUCAGAAGGAUCGGGUUGACUGCCUCCCCGACAUCGAGUUCGCCUACAACACUUCGUUGCAUCCAGCGAUCGGCGUGACACCAUUGGAGUUGCACCAUGGUGGCCGAAAAGGCCGUAUCUUCGCUAAUCUUACAUUCCCAAGAACUGUCGACAUUAACGCCGCUUGUUCUCCCGCCUCCGAUCGGAAGUAUCGGGACUUGCUGGCUAAAGCCUGCACCAACAUGCAAAAGGCUCAAGUCCGCAUGCAACAGCAAGCCAAUCGACGUUGCGUGCCAUGCCCUAUCCGCGCCGGCAACCUUGUUUGGGUCUCCACGGAGGAAUUUGCGCUUGAACAAGACGUCUCGCUCAAGCUACUUCCCAAGUGGUUUGGACCAUGGACCGUCACAUCAACCGUGGGGGAUGAGCCCGAUGGCCCGUCCUUUGUGAUCGAAAUCCCGUCGCAUCUGACGAUCCACCCGAUUUUUCACGCCUCCAAGCUGGCUGCAUAUACACCAGCCAAGCGCGACAACUUCCUGGGCCGACGAUCGCAGGACCCUCCUAUGGACGGUCAUCAGGAAGUCGAGCGCAUCAUCAUGCAUCACAAGCAUGACAACAAGCCAAUGCAGUACAAGGUCACACUCAAGUGGUGCGACUGCGACGACACGCGAUGGAUCUCACGAGCAGCCUUGCAAGCCUCCGCACCACUCAUCUACGCCGAAUAUGAGAAGCAACGACUAACCACGGGAGCUGCAAAGCCUGCCCCUCCCACCCGGACUCGGUCCCUCCCUCCAACAGAUAGCUUCACCCUCGCAGAACUUCAUAGCAUUCAGAAAAGUCACUGGGGACUUGUGCUUCUCAUCCAAGAGGACAGGAAGCCCGUUUCCUUGAGCAUCUUUGACCAUGAAAAUUGGGGACUCCCUGCUGCAGCGCCCACCAAGGUGAUGAAGAUGGCUGCCACCAUAGCCAGAGUGGGGAUCACGGUCACUGAUGAUGUUCUCGGGGAAGCCGUGAUGGCGUGCGACAUGAUCGAAGAAGAGGGUGGCGACGUCUUUGGCACUGUGCGAAGUCGUGCAAGGAAUGAAGUGGGCACGUUUGGUCAAGCGGCAGACAAUGACGUAGAUGCAAUCAUGCCCGCGGUCGGUCUUGGGGAGGCUGCACACGAAGUCCAUGGAGAUGGACUGCCAACGGACAGAGGAAACAAUGGUGUUGUUAGUGCGGAUGGUGAAGUAUUGCCCGUCGAGCUACGGGCGCCAAACUAUGAGGGUGUGAAUCACGGCGAGGACUUCCUUGUCGUUGGAGGGGUAAUUCAUCUCCGAGGGAAGGAGCUUCUUGCUUGCGAAGGCGAUGGGGUAUUCGCUGGGUGGACCCUCGGGGUGAGUGGGCGAGUCCUUGAUGGAGGGGGUCUCGGCGGUGUCGCAGGGGAAAUGUUGGGACAGUACGGCUCCAAUGGCGAAGUCGGAGGCGUCAGUGGUGACAUAGAAAUGGCGAGUGGGGUCGGCGAUCUUGAGGACAGGGGCCGUGGUGAUGGUUUGCUUGACGGAGACAAUGUGGCCGAGGUAUUCGAUGCUCGAAGCAGCAAACGUACAUUUGUUGAGCUUGGUGUAGAAUUUUUGCUCUCGGAGGAUCGAGAGGACUUGGCGAAUAUGCUAGAGGUGGGACUUGAAGGUGGGGCUAAAGAUGAGGAUGUCAUCAAGAUACACGACGACAUAGACUUCGAGGAGGUCUCGGAAGAUGUGAUUCAUGGUGGACUGGAAUGUGGUGGGGGCAUUGGUGUCAAGGUCAGGGGAGGUGAACUCGUCCGAGGAGGUGGUGGACGUGGUGUCCUCAGAGGCGAUGUUGUGGAAGAAGUGAGGGCGGGGAGGGGCCGACCCGCCAACGAUGGGGAGCCAAUGGAUGACGGGGAUGCCGUGAAGGGAGAAGGCUUGUUGGAGUUUGGUGAGAAAGAGGAGGACAUUCUCAUGGGGUUGGCCCGAGAAGGGGUUGUCGUCUUGGGCGAGGAGGGAAGUGGAGCGACCAUGGUGGAGGUAGUGGUGGAUGAGGGUGGGGGUGUACAUGUGGAUGGUGUUGGUGUGGAGGUUGAAGCGGAGGCUUGCCCGGAGGAGGGUGUGGAGGAGGGGGGUGUGGCCGUGGUGACGACCGUGACGGCGGGGCAGUUUCCCUCGAGCAUGGUGACACGAUCGAAGAUGGCGGCCAUGGUGGUGUUAAUCGUGGCGAGGGAGGAUUUGAGGGCGGUCAAUGUUUGGAGGAUAGUUGCGAGUUCCAAGGUGGUGGUGGUCGAAGUUGGCUGAUCGCCUGCGAGUUCGCAGGCAAUGCUGUUGACGGAGUCGGAAUGAAGAUCAGACAUGUUGAUGGAAGAUUGAGCCAUGGUGGGGGAAGAGGGAGUGGAUGACGUGGCCGGAGCGUAAGCAAAGGUGGUAGCAACGGAUGUGAUAGCGGCAGCGGCAUCAGCGGCGGCACGUUUGGAGGUCAUGGUUUGGCGUGGUGGCAUGUGGAGGUGGGGGGGACAAUUCCUAUUUACAAGAAUAGAGCGUCGUCAAGUGAUUUAGCAAUGAAGGUAGCAGAGAAUC